GAAAGCAGCUCGAAGACAACAUAUAUAUACAGCAUGGCUUUGAGAUAGCACCUCGCCUCCCCUGGUCUCCCACCACCACCCAGCAUCAGCGUAAAACUUACUGAUUUGAGUAUUCCAACGAUGUCGACGCCCAGCAAGAAGAUGCCCUAUGUUCGCUUGGGCAAGUCCGGAUUGAAGGUGUCAAAAAUCAUACUCGGAUGCAUGUCCUACGGUAGCCCGGACUGGCAGGGGUGGGUGUUGCCAGAGGAGGAAGCUAUCAAGCACAUCAAAUACGCGUAUGAUGCUGGUAUUAAUGCUUUUGACACUGCCAAUGCGUAUUCGAACGGUCUGUCUGAGAUCAUCCUCGGGAAAGCGAUCAAACAGCUCAACCUUCCUCGGGAUGAGAUCGUCGUCAUGACGAAGGUGUUCUUCACGGUUGGGAAGACUAUCGGCGAGAACGCCUUCGCUCAUCCCGAUCCUGAUGGCGCUGGUUAUGUCAAUCAACAUGGUCUGAGCAGAAAGCACAUCUUUGACUCCGUCAAGAAGAGCUUGGAGCGCCUCCAGCUCGACUAUAUUGAUCUCUUGCAAUGCCAUCGUUUCGAUCCCGACACACCGAUUGAGGAAACGAUGCAAGCACUCCACGACGUCGUUAAGGCCGGCUAUGUCCGGUACAUUGGCAUGAGCUCCUGCUGGGCCUAUCAGUUCCACGCCAUGCAGAACUACGCUAUCGCUAACAACCUGACCCCCUUCAUCUCCAUGCAAAACCACCACUCUCUUAUCUACCGAGAAGAGGAACGUGAGAUGUUCCCUACGUUGAAGUACUUUGGCGUUGGCGCCAUUCCCUGGUCUCCUCUGGCUCGUGGUUUGCUCACCAGGCCUCUGAGCGAAUCCACCAAACGUGCAGAGACCGACAGGAUGAUUGCCCGAUUUCCCAAGGAAGGUUCCUCGGCUCAGAUCAUCGGUCGCGUCGAGGAACUCGCCAAGAAGAAGGGCGUUUCCAUGGCUCAGAUUGCCAUUGCCUGGAGCAUGGCCAAAGAUGGUGUCACUGCUCCGAUUGUCGGAACCACCAGCUUGAAGAGUCUCCAGGAGAACAUUGAUGCCGUGCAUAUCAAGCUCACUGAGGAGGAGAUCAAAUAUUUGGAGGAGCCUUACACCCCUCAGGCCGUCCUUGGGCACAAUUGAGUUAUGGUGACUGGACGAAAAUCGUUUUCCGGGCGAGAUAGUUAAGAAGUCAAAAUGUAUGUAUCAGUAACAACCAAGUAUCAGUGUUAGGCAAACCAGAUGCUCGUUCAGCUUGAAUUGUACGCCUGCUACAGACGAGCCG